GUCCGCAGGUUAUCCAGUCCGCGGUCCGCCUCCGCAUUUUACUCUGACUCUUAAACUUUAAAUAAGAGUAACAUGGACACUUACUUGCAAGUGUUUGAAAGAAAGAAAUCGUCAACUAAGUUUAAAGAGGGUUUGAUUCAUGAAAUCAUUAAAAUGAACACUGCAGAUCAAAAGAUAAGAAUUGGGAGUGAAGUGGUAACUGCUGUGAACGAAAUUGCACUAAGAUUUGUUGAUGAAAUUCUGUGGCGUACCAUAAACCAAGCUCAUAAUGAAGGAGUAAAAGAUGUCAACUUAGACCACAUUGAAAAAAUAAUCCCUCAGCUAUUGCUUGAUUUUGCAUGAAAAAUCACUUGAAAUCCUAAAACUGUGCUUCUCCUUCAUCAAGAUUGUCAUCUUCAUCCAGAUAUCCUUCUCCAUUGUCAAAAUAAUCUCUAGCAUAAUCUGUUCCUUCAUCCAUUUCUUCAUCUAUAUCAUCCUCAAUUUCAUCUUCCAUUUCCACUUUCUCAUCAUCAGUAUUAUCCUUUUCAUCAUCUUCCUUUCCAUCUAAAGCAUAACGAAUGAACAACUGCAAAUUACCAAUUUUUAAAUAAAGGUUGGUUGUCAAACCACACAUACCUUCA